CUCCCUCGCUCGUGCUGGUGUCCCUCCAGGGGCAGGGAGGUGCGCGACUCCUCGGUAGCUAAAUAGCUAGGUCAGAGGAGCACUGUCUCUGUGGCUGUUCUCGUCUCCCCUCUCCGCCUCAGGGAGUGGUACAUUCCGAGAUGGCGGCCCCCAUGCUCCAGCGAGCCGUGGUCUUCUGGGGCCGGGCUGGGGUGCGAGAGUGCCUCGCGCCGUGGCAGGCAGAAGAUCUAUUCUUUCUGCAGCUUACGUGGACAGUUCAAGAUGGGAAGAAAGAGAAAAAGAGGUGCACAGCUUGGCUGAAUUGGCCACAUUAAUGGACAGAACCUAUGAAAGAAAGCUUCCUGUCAGCUCUUUGACAAUAUCACGGUUUAUUGACAACAUUUCUUCACGAGAAGAGGUGGAUCAAGCUGAGUAUUACCUUUACAAGAGAACUCACGCAGACUUCAGGUGGAAAAACCCUUUUCUGGGGAGGCAUCACUUUGCUCAAUUAACAAGGUUUCGACAUAGUCCGAACUGCUGGUACCUGAAAGACUGGACUAUCCACAGCUGGAUCAGACAGUGCAUCAAAUAUGGUGCACAGGACAAAGCCUUGUACACAUUAAAAAACAAGGUACAAUAUGGAAUUUUCCCAGAUAACUUUAUCUUCAAUAUAUUAUUGGAUUAUUUUAUAAAGAAUGAAAAUUAUGAAGAUGCUGUGUCAGUAGUUACUGAGAUCAUGCUUCAGGAAAGCUUUGAUGAAUUCUCAACACAACUUCUCUCCCUCCAUGUCUUAUACAAAUACCUGGGAACCAAAUCAGAAUUUACAUGGGAAGAGGAAAGAAAUCUUGGAGCCUCUCUUCUGCUUACAGGCCUAAAACAGACAAACACUGUGGGUUUUAGCUCCCAGCUGUAUGGCUAUACAUUCCUUGGAAAAGUGGAGUUGCACAAAGGACUGCGAGCUGUGUACCAUCAAAUGCCACUGAUGUGGACACCGGGAUACCUGUGCAGAGCUUUGCAAGUGAUGGACAAUGUGGCCUCGCUCCCAGGGGAUAUAAAGCUCUGCAAAGAAGCUAUUGAUAUUCUGGAGACGAUUUUGCAGUCUGUCCCUGAGGUAAAAACUGAGGCAGAACCAUCAGAAGAAGUCAAGGUAUCAGAACACAAGCCAAAGCAAAUAGAAUCUGAAGAAACAGAGCAGUCUAAACUGCCUGAGUACCUUACCCAAUUUAAAGAUCUGUAUUCAAAACUGCAUUCGCUUGGCAAGGUUGAAUCUGAAAGCCUGUUGACCCUGACCACCCAACUUACCAAGGAAAAGCUGCCGGCAUGUGAAGUGGAAGACAUUGCAAAAUAUGAGCAGAAGCUAAAAGAAUGGGAGCGGGAGCAAGCACUUCUGAUGGAGAGAGAAAAAGAGAUGAGAGAGAAGGCUAAGCAGGAGCAAGCAGCUAGGGAAUUCGCUAAAGCAUCUGUUUAAUAUUGCAACUCAGAGACUGCUGUUAUGCUACAUAUUCUUCUGGUAAUAAACUUAAGCACAUGUCAUUAUUAAUACUGCAAUGCAACCUCGCUGUAAAUGUGACAUUUGUGGUAUGCAAAUUAAACUAACUGAUCGUUUCCAUCCAUUUUGCCUGUUUCCUGGAGUACAUGUGCAGUUUAAAAAUUAUGAUCCUGCCUAGAAUGAACUCUCCUUACAGGGGGUAGAAGGAGAAUGAGUAUGUGAGGCGGGUGUGGGGAGCUCAUGGCUAAGGCAGAAACACAGUGAAGCAAAAAGGAGCUUGUCAUUUGUAUAGGGCUUUGACACUGGAGCAAGUUUGAAAAAAAUAAAAUAAAAUCCAAAACA